AUUACCUUUCCGCCUCUCUCUCCCUCUCUCUCUCGCGCUCUCUUCACUCUCUGUUCUCUCCACCGAGCUCGCCGGCUGUCCGAUCUCCGGUCAUCUGCUUCACGAAUCUCCGGCGAGAAACCACUAGCCGAUCGCCGACCAGGGUUGGGCUGCUUCAUAUUGGUAAGAUGUCGGGGGCCGCAGCUACCCCUUUGACGAAGAUACGGAGGGCCUUUUCAUCUACACCAGGGGGGCAAAAGGCUUGUGAGGAGAAGAUUCGGGUCACAGUCAGAAUAAGGCCCUUGAGCAGGAGGGAACAAGCAUUGUACGACCUCAUUGCCUGGGAAAGCGUGGAUUUCAACACCAUCAUCUACAAGAACCCAAAUCAAGAACGGAGUGCUGCGACAUAUGUCUUUGAUCGAGUUUUUGACACUUCAUGCUCAACUCAAAGGGUUUAUGAAGAAGGGGCAAAGGAUGUUGCUCUCUCUGCUCUGAAAGGAAUUAAUUCAACAAUAUUUGCGUAUGGGCAAACAAGCAGCGGAAAAACCUACACCAUGCGAGGCAUCACAGAGAACGCUGUGAAGGACAUCUAUAAACAUAUUGAGGAGAACCCAGACAAGCAGUUUGUUUUGAAAAUGUCGGCAUUAGAGAUAUACAAUGAGAAUGUCCACGACCUUCUGAAUCUCGAGUCUGGUUCCUUGCGGCUUUUGGAUGAUCCUGAGAAAGGUACAAUAGUCGAUAAACUAAUUGAAGAAAUUGUCAAGGACAGUCAACAUUUGCAGCAGCUAAUCAGUAUUUGUGAAGCUCAAAGACAAGUGGGAGAAACUGCUUUAAAUGACAAAAGUUCGAGAUCACAUCAGAUAAUUAGGCUGACCAUUCAAAGUAGUCUCCGGGAAAAUUCUGGGCGCAUGAAGUCUUUCAUCGCCAGUUUGAAUCUCGUUGACCUUGCUGGAAGUGAGCGUGCCAGCCAAACGAAUGCAGGCGGAAUAAGAUUGAAGGAAGGCAGUCAUAUCAACCGCAGUUUGCUGACCCUUAUGAAUGUGAUAAGAAAGCUCAGUGUGGAGAAGAGGAGUGCACACAUCCCAUAUAGAGAUUCGAAGCUCACACGCAUAUUGCAGCAUUCACUAGGUGGAAAUGCUCGGACGGCUAUCAUAUGUACCGUCAGUCCAGCUCUAAGUCACGUUGAGCAGACAAAGAACACGCUCUCGUUUGCAACUAGCGCCAGGGAGGUUACAAACAGAGCUCAAGUAAACAUGGUUGAACCCGAGAAGAGACUAGUGAAGCACUUACAAAAGGAAGUGGCCAGACUGGAAGCAGAGCUCCAAUGCCCAGAUGUUUCCUCCACUUCAGAUCUCAGGGAUCUACUAAGAGAGAAGGACGUGAAAAUUGAGGAGAUGGAGAAGGAGAUGAAAGAGCUAAAGCGACAGAGGGACCUCGCACAGUCCCAACUGGAAUCAGAAAGAAAAGCACGCAAGGAACUGAAGGGCCUAGACCAGGAGGGGCCCUCAGAUCAUGUCGUAAGGCGUCUUGCCUUUGAGGGGGAACCUGCUUUGUCUGUUAGAUCUACUCCUGCGAAUAGUAGACUGCGAAGCACAGCAGCAAGGAAGGCAAUACUGAGGCAAUCAAUCACUUCCACUGACCCUUCCUUGCUUGUGUCUGAAAUAAGGAAGCUUGACGAGCGUCAGAGGCAGAUCGAAGAAGAGGCCACCCGAGUUCUCGAGAUUCUUCACAAGGAGGUCGCCUCCCACAGAAUAGGCAGUCAAGAGGCUGCAGAAAAUAUAGCCAAGCUGCUAUCAGAGAUAAAGGACAUGAAAGUUGCUGGUUCCUUCCAAGAAGUCGUCACUGCCGACAAGGCGAAUUUACAGGAAGAGAUCAUUCGGCUCAAUUCUCAUGAGAAUGGUAUCAUGUCAUUGGAGCGGAAGCUGGAGAAUGUUCAGGAAUCAAUAGACAAGCUCGUCUCGGCUUUCCAGAUGACUGCAGAGGAAUCCUCGGAGAGCAGGAGUCUAAAAAAGAAGAAGGGAUUUCCAAUUAGCUUGAGCAACAGCCCAAACAUGCAUAACAUUAUCCGAGCACCAUGUUCACCUUUGUCUUCUUCCAGAAGGGCAAUGGAACAUCAGACAGAGAACAUGGACCCCAAUAAUAACAUGUUCGUUUCUUACAAAGAGAGUCCAUCGAGGAGUCACGGAACUGCAACCCCAAAGCAGUCAAGAUCAAUUAAUGUGAAGAAGAUGGAAAGGAUGUUCAGGAAUGCGGCCGAGGAGAACAUUCGUAGCAUCAAAGCUUAUGUAACUGAGCUGAAGGAGCGCGUCGCAAAGCUACAAUACCAGAAGCAGCUUUUGGUUUGUCAGGUUCUGGAGUUGGAGAAAAAUGAGUCGGCACUUGACGAGGCAGACAUGACUGACCAGUCCCCCAUGCCAUGGCCAUUGCUAUUCGAGGAUCAGAGGAAACAAAUUAUCAUGUUAUGGCAUUUAUGCCAUGUCCCUCUCAUUCAUCGGACACAGUUUUACCUGUUGUUCCAAGGGGAUCCCUCUGAUCAAAUAUACAUGGAGGUCGAGCUCCGCAGACUCACUUGGUUGGAGCAACACUUCGCGGAGUUGGGGAAUGCGAGCCCAGCGCUCUUGGGAGAUGACCCUGCUGGGUCUGUUUCAUCAUGCAUAAGGGCACUUAAACAGGAGAGGGAGUACCUUGCCAAGAGGGUAAGUUCAAAGCUAACAGCCGAGGAGAGGGAGAGGCUGUAUGAGAAAUGGGAGAUUCCACCAGUUGGAAAGCAGAGGCGGCUGCAGCUGGUGAACAAGCUGUGGACGGACCCGCUCAACAUGGAAAACGUGCAAGAGAGCGCCGAGGUCGUGGCAAAGCUGGUUGGCUUCUGUGAGUCGGGUGAGCAAGUCAGCAAGGAGAUGUUCCAGCUCAACUUUGUGUCCCCAAACGACAAGAAGCCGUGGACAGGCUGGAACUUGAUAUCGAACCUCUUGCAUCUGUAAAUAACUUAGGACACAAGGUUCCAAAGGGAUAUCAGCCGUCCAGAGGCGAAUACAGAAUCUUGAUCUAGUUGUUUACUUGAAACCUUUUGGGCUCUGCAAUAGAUGUUUCCCAGUCCAUUUACUAAUCGAACCCGGGGAGCUGAUAGUUAAUCCGUAUAACUGUAUAACUGAUGCCGAAGAAAAAGAAAUGUGUGAAUCUAAGCAGGC